UCCUCUCUCCCCUCCCUCCCUUCCUCCCUCCCUCUCUCCCCCUUCUCUCCUCUUUCUCAUCUCUCUCUCCUCCCUCUCUCUCUUCUCUCUCUCCUUUCUCUCUCCCCCCUCCCUCCCUCUCUCUAGCUCAAUACAUGGCUGCUGCCAGGAAUAAGGAUCCAUGAAGUGGGUUACAGGCAGCAAGGUCCUUCUUUGGCUUCUGGCUCUGGUUAUGCUCGCCUCGGUCUUGCAGGAAGAUGAAUGCGCACCUCCUGCUUCAGAUGAUGCUGCUCUUUGCUACGGCUUCAAUGUUGACAAGUCAGGGUCUGGACCAUGGCAGCACACAGUCCAAGGCCAACUGAAUGGAGAGGCUUUUAUUUACUGUGACAGUAACUACAACUGCCGUGCCAUUGGCCUUCUGGGGAACAGACUGAUGGACACAAUGGCCUGGAAACCACAAGCUGACGCUCUGAAAGAUGGAAUUGACCUGUUCAAAGCAGAAAUGACUCACAUGACAAAUAACAUCAGAGAGCCCCUCAGUCUACAGGCCAAGAUGUGUUGUUGGCAUGAAGGCGAUGGACAUUUCAAAGCAUCCUGGGACAUUGGCCUCAAUGGACACAAAAUGCUGCACUUUGACUCAAGCACUGGGAAACUGACUAAAGCAGCUGAGAAAGGAUUCGCCAGCAGGGAUGUGACAGACUUCUUCUAUAUGACUUCACGAGGAGACUGCAGGUCAUGGCUUGAGGAGUUCAAGUCACACAGGGAAGAAAAGCUGGAGCCUAUAGCCUCACCAAAUGGUGUGAAAGUUGUGAACCAGCAGAAUUUGUCACUGGCCAUCAAGCCCAGCAUCUCUGGCCUGCUGAUAAUCCUCACCUGUUCCCUCCUGCUGCUUAACUGAGGAGAAUCCUUGGCAAUGACAGGGUGAAGAAGCUCCAGUGAAUGCUGUGAGAGUUCAUCUGGUGCAGCCCCUCUCCCUUCUCCUCAGCCUCAACCAGAUGAACCUUGAUGCCGCUGACACGGAUUCCAUGUUCUUUCACACUGUGCCAGUCACUCGGGCCCUGUCUUAUCUCCUUGUUCUGUUUCCUUGGUUCUCCCUGGUGGGUUUGCCCUGCAUGGAACAACUUGAACUAGAGAUCUGGAGAAGAACAUGAUCAUGUACCCAUCCCUAGCCUAGGGAACGGGAUACCCAGAUCUCCUUAGUGAGAGUGUGAAGAUAUUACUCCUGUGUAUAUAAAUGGCAAUAAUCGAAUAUCUUAGGCGUCACCAAAGGAAACUUAUAACAACUAGUCAUAAAAAAUGGAGAUUGUUUCAUAGAAACCACUGAUAACUGUAACAGGGCCUCAGACCCUAGCCCAACUAACUCUAUGAUGGAAGUGACAUUCAGGCUGUAAAACUCAGCACAUAGACAGCACCUCCUUGCAAAGCUAAAACAAAGGUCUAGUCCAUCGAAGUCUAUGGUUAAGGGCAAGUCUCUGAAUGUGCUAACCUUGCUUUUCAGCUUCUGGAGUUGCACUUCGGGUUAACUCUUCUUGUCAAUUGAAAUUUGUUCACCAACAGCAUGGGUUUUUGUGCUUAAAAGCUCUGCCUGAUUAAGGCUUGCACUGGGAUCCCAAACUGCCGGUGCAGUUGCUGACCAGCUAAUAAAGAGUUUCUAUUGACUUAAA